GAUCAGGAUCAGGAUCAGGAUCAGAGAUAGGGAUAGGCUCAGGCAAAGGAUCAGGGAAAGGGGGUUAUUCUCCCCGACGAGCUCGGACUAGGUCCACUGAAAUGCGCCAGGACCGGGACCGGGAUCAGGAUGGAGAGUUCCCUCUCUACCCGGCUCGGCAUUCCCCCUUGAGCGUUCCUUUGGCUCCGCCCUUGCCUCUAUCUCUAAAUCCACCUCUUUCGGCCGGUUCGUCCGAUACCGGAGUCGGUUCACCGUCAUCACCACCUCCAAUACCGACAACGUCGUCGAGCUCGAAUUCGGGCGGUACAGGGAACCCUUUUCUCCCGCUCUUCAAAUUCGGCCGGCCUGGGUUGCCUGGUCCUCCCAACAACAACCACAACAACCAUAAAGAAAGCAGUAGCUUUGACCAUACCAACGGAUCGACACUAGUUAGCGAAGCAUCUAGUACUAGCAAAAACAACAACAACAACAACAGCAACAGCUACAACAACAGUUACAGCACGGCUAGUGAUGGUCCCAGCAACGUUAUCGAUAUCGAUGGGAAUCCGAAACCUAUACAACCUCCCCUCCUCUCCUCAUCUUCACCUUUACCUUCGUUUUCGAGAAAUCGGAUCAUCCCCUCACUUUCGAUCGGGGGUCGCAAUCGCAAUCGCGGACGAUGGGCUUCUUCAGCGACUUCUUCUUCUUCUUCUUCUCGGCAUUCUGGGAUUCCGCAUCCUCUUUCUCAUUCGGAUUCGAGGGGUAAUGAUAUGGACGAUGGUGAUAAUAGGGAUAGCAAUGCCGGGCAAUUGCAGAACAACGAGCCGGUCAGCGGGUCGGCCUUUAGCUCUACCCCGGCUCGUGAUCCUGAUCGGAGGAGAAGCCCGUUGAGCCAGACGUUGGCCCCAAGGAAAGCGCUCGAGCUGCGCGGUGAGAUCCCGGUCGACCCAUCGUCUUCAUCCCGUCUCAACGCAAAUUCGAGGAAAAAGGGGGUGAGGUCUUCCUUACAUCUUCAGCACCAUGUCGGCAGGGAAGGAAGUACGGGGAAGGACAGACAGGAGAAGAACUCUACGAGCCCUCUCGACGCUAGUACAAGCAUCGGGAAUAUUGACGUCGACGAUGACCCCGCCCUGCCCGCGAGGACGGGUGCGGCCUUGCCCGUCGUCCGACAGCCUGCGUACAUCCCGGAUCCGCCUAUGACGUUUGCUGAUCGUAGACGGGCCGAGUCGAGCCUGGCAUCUGGUUCGGGUCACGGGUCGUCGACCGUUAACAAUCAGGAGACGGGUCAACGUCGAGCUCGAGGUCGGAUCGGGGGUCGUGAUGGAGGCAGAGGGACGGCCGGAUCGCUCGGCGGGAAAUUGAAGCAUGGGGAUACGUGGGGAUGGAAACGAAGCGUCGAAGGUGGCAACGGAACGGGUUCAGGAAGUAGAGGGUUAUCUGGAGAAGCGUCGAUGGGAGAUCGAGGUGGUGCUACCUCAACAUCGCUGUCACCGCAGACGAGACGUAGGGGCGAGAUCGAGGAGACGGACGCGGAGAGGAAGAGGCGGGAGAUGGAGACUGUCAUCAACUGGAAGGUCUGGGCAGCAGCUUGUGUCGCGUCCAACGCCAUACCCGUGGACAAUGACCCCUUCCGCUCGACGUCUCAAUACCCACCCCGACCUCGAUCCCGACCGCGUCCUCGGUUGGCGGUGCAUACCAACGGUGCUCGACCGAUGUUCGAUUCGAGCAGUACUAUCUCGACCGAGGAUCACAUUAUCAGCCCUAAUACGGACGAAGGGACCAGCUGGUCGGCUUCGGGCGUGGCGAUCAGGUCAUCCCGUGGACCCAUCGCCGCGCUCGCGGGACAGAAACGACCCUUGUCGCAUUCCACGAGCAUGGGCGAAUUGCAAGCGAUCAAAGAAUCGCAUAGGAAUCAAUCUCUACCGGACAUCAUCGUCAUCGAGGGAGAACGGGAUACGACGAGCAGGAGAAGUGCGGGCAAAGUGACACCAAUCAGGUCCAGUGCGGGGUCCAGGACCAGCUCGCUGUUGAACCCUUCUUCCGGUGGAAGCUCGAUGCUCACCUCGAUACCUGGACCAACCAAUGCCUUGCUCGUACUUCGUCCGAGACUUUCCAACAAGAACGUCCGGGGCAUUGUUCUCGAACUCGUACACGCCCUCUCCUCUUACUCGGAAUUGCGAACCUGUCUCGACAUGGCCGAGCAAGGUGUAGCGGGGACGGAAAAGAAGCCUGUUCCGAGCCGGUCCGCUUGGAGUCGCUCCGCGCUGGACGCCGCAAGGGAAAAGGGCUUGUUAGACGAGGCGACGUUACAAGAGGCACACUUUCAAGAAGGCGAGAUUGUGGCUCUCUUCCGAGAUCUGGACGAGACGAUCGGAUAUCCGGGAUACGUCGAAAAGAUGCUCGUCAAGGCUGGGUACGGCGUGCAUGACAUUGUCUUUUCACGCAACGACUCCGACAGCCAUGACAAUCAACAACAGCUGGCUAUGGAACAGUGUGACAAGAUGCUGCUAGACUUGGAAGAUCUCUUGUGGGGACGAUCGGAGCCGCUUCCCGACGACAUCGCCUAUGGCCACCUGAUCCUUCCUACCGGCAAGGUCGAUACGCGGCUCUCGGAUCAAGGUCCAGAACCGAUCUCGUCGAGUCUGUUUGACAUUCUCGCGGAACCCGUGCCCGACACGGUGGCCGACACGAACCCCAACGAAUUUGCCAAACCGUUCGGAGCCACCAUGCGCAAACCGAGCUUGUUCACCGAAGGAUCAAACUCGAGGCACAAUUCGGUCAUGUACAUCCCGGGCGUCUCGACCAUCGAUAUCGCUAGCUUUGUCAUGCCUUCGAGCGGGAGAAGUUCGGUGGAUCCUCACGAAGCAGGAGCAGGACGCUCGGCCAGGCGCGAAUCUACCGUCAAGGUCAAGACGGCCGAAGAUCUGGCCAGGGAAGGGAGGGAGCGUUACGAAGCGUGGCAAAAGAGCCGCGAGGUCCAGCCGUUGAAGCGCUCUUGAGGCUAGCUAUCGCGGACGACAGGACUCGGGGUAUGAUAUUGUACUCAUCUAGCUAUAUACAGAGU